AUGGAGGGCAAAGAAAUAAAAGAGUCGGCGCCUUCGUAUGAGAUGGAUAUCGAUGCGAACGGCACGGUUGAUACGUUGUCCGCGGAGGAGGAGAAGAAGCUUGUGAGGAAGAUUGAUAUGAGACUUAUGCCGUUGCUUAUCGUCAGCUAUGGAUUGCAGUAUUUGGAUAAGACGAGUUUGGCGUAUAGCGCUAUUCUUGGUCUAAGAGAGGAUCUGCAACUCGUCGGCCAGCAAUUCAGCUGGGCAUCGAGCAUUUUCUACAUAGGCUACCUCGUCGCCUCAUACCCCAUUUCCCUCGGCUUCGUCAAAUUCCCUCUCGGCAAAUAUCUGAGCGUACUCAUGUUUAUCUGGGGCGUUAUCCUCACUCUUCACGCCGUCGCGCAUGAUUACGCUAGUCUCAUGGUUCUGCGCUUCUUUCUCGGUGUGUUUGAGAGUGCGAUUAGUCCCGGGUUCUCACUCAUCACGGGAAUGUGGUAUACGCCUCAUGAGCAUGUAUCGCGCCAUUCGUUCUGGUUUGCCGGGAAUGCGUCGGCGAGCAUGGUUGGCGCUAUGAUUGCGUAUGGCAUUCUGAGCUACCAUGGGCCUAUUGAGCAGUGGAAGAUGCUCUUUCUCAUCUUUGGUCUCAUCACCAUUGCUUGGUCUGUCUUGACAUUCUUCUUCCUGCCUGAUUCCCCUGCGACCGCUGGGUUUCUGUCAACUUCUGAGCGAGAGUUUGCUGCUCUUCGACCGAAGAAAUUCCAGAGAACUACUCAAACUAAGAAGUGGGAUCGCGGGCAGUUUAUCGAGACUAUGAAGGACGUCAAGUCUUGGUGGUUCUUUUUCUUCUCUUUUAUCAUCUGCAUUCCCAAUGGUGGAACCACCAGCUUCAGCACUAUUGUCAUCAAGAGCUUCGGCUACGAUGAGAAGCAGACUAUCCUCAUGGGUCUCCCUGCAUCAGCCUUCCAACUUACGACCGUCAUUCUUGUCGCUGUUUUCACGACAUAUGUCCGCAAGUCUCGACACAUUGCUCUUGUUCUGACGUACCUGAUGGCCAUCGCUGGUAUUCUGAUGAUCAAGCUCCUCCCUACGGCUGAGAAACUCUCCCGACUGGCAGGCUUCUGGCUCAUCAUGGCGGUUGCACCAGCGUUCCCUCUCAUGCUGUCACUGUCUGCUAGUAACAUUGCUGGCUUCACAAAGAAGUCCACUGUCAUGGCCAUGAUAUUCUUGGGAUACUGUGCUGGAAACCUCAGUGGACCUCAGUUCUUUAUCAGCACUGAGGCACCCGGCUACCAUACUGCUUACACCACAAUCAUGGUCUGCUAUGCCAUCACCAUUGCUCUCGUGGUGGGUAUUUAUUUCUACCUUACCUGGGAGAACCGCCGUCGCGAUAAUGAGCAGGGCAUUAAGAGAGAUCCCGAGGAGUCUCGACAGGUCGACCUCACUGAGGAUGGGACACUUCUUCAGGUGGAUGAGACUGAUAUGCAGAACAAGAACUUCAGAUACAUUCUGUAA